AUGUCUUCCAAUCUAAACACUCUUCGAGACAAUAUCAAUCAACUGCAAAAUCGUUAUGAUAAGUUAGGUAAUGAAGUUAUUUCAAAGUUAAAUGAAUAUAGUGAUUGUUUCAAAUGUGUAAAUAAUAUAUGUGAUCAAGUAACAGAAGUGACUACAAUCUUAGAAAAUAAACUUAUUAAUGAAUCGAAUGAACAAAAAGAAUGGGAAGAUAUCAAAGUUAAAUUAGCAGCAACAUCAAUUAAAGAUAUGGUCAUACUCAAUAUAGGAGGUGAAAAAUAUACCACAACUGUUGACACAUUAACAUCCAAAAAAGAUACAUUCUUCACUGCACUCUUCUCUAAAGAAUCACAACUUGAAAGAGAUCCUAAUGAUGGAAGUAUAUUCAUUGAUCGAAAUGGUAAAAUCUUUACUUAUAUUCUUGAAUAUUUCCGUACAAAUACUGUGCCGAAUAAUAUUAUGCAAGAUGAAACACUUCUCAAUAGUCUUUUUAUUGAAGCUGAAUAUUUUCGUUUGUAUGAUUUGAUGGAUCGAUUAGGCGUUAUUUAUUUUCCGAAUGGAUCAUUACUUCAACCAACACAUCAAAGAAAACUAAAUGAAAUUUAUGGUAAAAUUUAUCAACGAUGGGAAUUGAUUUACAAAGCAUCACGUGAUGGAUUUGAUGCUAAUGCAUUUCAUUCACGGUGUAAUAAUCAAGGACCAACAAUGACAAUUAUUCAAUCAAACAACAAUUAUCUUUUUGGAAGUUAUACAUCUAUUUCAUGGACUUCAGAUGGUUCAUAUAAAAAUGAUCCGACAGCAUUUUUAUUCACUUUGAUCAAUCCUCAUCAUAUUCCACCGACUAAAUAUCUCAUUAAUCCUGAUAAAACAGAAAAUGCAGUUUAUCAUCAUACUGAUGAUGGUCCAAUAUUUGGAAGCAAUCACGAUAUUUUAGUGAAAAAUGUUAGCAAUUCGAACAAUUCAAGCUACAUUAAUUUUCCUUCUUCAUAUCUCGAUACAACUGGAAAGGGUGAUAUUACAUUCACUGGUACUCGAAAUUUUACUACAUCUGACAUUGAAAUUUAUAAGUUAGCUUAA